GUGAUGAGUAAUUCUGCGCCUGGAGGGUCGACGAAGACGAAGACGAAGAGGAAGGGGGGUGGGCGUAAGCGUAAUCCGGAUGAACGAACUGUUGCUGAUCUCGAGUAUCGUGCGCCAGGACGUUCAUAUCGGCGAUUGGAAAAGAAGCGAAUGGCUCGCCGUAAGGCUCAGAGGGAGGAGACUGCCCGAAAAGAAGAAGAGACUCUUGGUAAGGCUGAGGAGGCUUUUUGGCGUAAAGUGGAUGAAACAGAUGGCUUCGAUAUCGAGAUCGAGGGUGCUCCUUGUUAUUUUGGUGGUAUGAGUGUUUAUAAAGGUGGAGUAGAUUGUCCCCUUGUAGUGAAGCUUUAUGCAACGGUGGGACUUCAUCGUUACAAUAUGCUAGAGGGGACCAACUUGUAUCUUCACAAUAUAGAGAAAUACGUUGUAGUUUGUACCAUCAUGCCUGUCUCGUAUUACAUUACCUUGAUUGCUGAGGAUCCAGCUACCUCCUCCUUUGUUACUUUCCAGACUCAUGUUGACCAAAGAAGUUUAGGCCAGAUUGAUUUCACUUGUUAUAUCUCCAGACCUAAAGGGAUCCAGAGUGAGAUUUAUCCGACGCAGUUCUUCGAUGCCAAGGACUUGCCUGACAAGUGGCCUUCAAAGGAGGCUUUUGCUGAUCAAUGUCGAUUUUUGUACAAGAUGCAGAAAUCAGAUUGGGAAGAACAUGACUGGAUUCGCUUGUAUAUGGAAAUUUCCUUCUUUAACAGACAUAGGUGCCUGAAUCACAACAUGUCUGAUUUAAAGAUUUUGGACGUAGUGGUAGAGACUGAGGAAAAUUUGCCACAUGAGACUGUACUCAAGAGUCUUAGGAAUGUCCUUGUCUACAUAAGAUAUGAUCAAGACUUGGGAGCGGAUGGUGUUUGCAAACACAUAGCCAUUGUUCGAAGAACUGUCGAGCCCACAACUCACUGCGUUUGUCUCUUGGGCGAGUCUCAGCUUGUGCCCGACUCUGAGUAAACUUAACUCUUUACUUAAGUAAGAUAUAUGUUCAAAAAUAAACAAAACAUGCCAACUUGUGUCGUUGGUUUUAUGUGUCUUUAUCUUUCCGAGAUAAUCCAAAAACCUCUCUUCCUGUCUACAAGCAGGUUGUGAAAUGAAAUUUCGUUACAAGUACUUAGAUAAUUGAACGAUAUGCUUGACUCUUUUA